AUGGGUGCAAAGGCCCUGGGGUUGGAGGGAGCAGAAUACACGCAAACCACUUCAAGGAGCAUUGUGUGCCUGGACCGUAGGGGUCAGGACAAGGAAGCGGUGUUGAUAGCACUGAAGGUCCCAGACAAACCACUGAAGAGCAUCAGGUAUAUGGACAGGGAAAUAAUCAACCUCAAAAAAGACCUUAUACGGAGCCGGUUACUGGUGCAGUGUGCGAGGGCUGGCCGUGGAUAUUUUACCCUUCUUAAGGAAGAGUCUGCAAUGAAAAAGAAACAACAGCAACUUCAGAAACUGAAAGAGGAAGAAAGAAAGAAAUUUCAACCAGCCAAAAAGUUACCUGAAAUCCAUGGGGAUACAUCACUGACCACCUAUGAGGAGGAGAAGUUUAAGAAGUUGGGAACUGGCCCAUUCAUUCCGAUCUACAGCUGCAUCCUUUUGCCCUUCCUACCCGAGGCUCACGUUGAACCUCUCUUCCGCCAACUCUGCGCUCUCCACUGGCUUCUGGAGGCCCUGACCAUUGACCACACCCACCACAUCAUGAAGCCUGUGAUCACCUGCUUCAAUACCAAGAACCCAGGUGGAAGCAAAAGCUCUAUAAAGAAAGUCAAUAAGGACAAGUCCAGAGAACAGAGGUGGGAGCACUUCGUCACGGCCUCAAAGACCACAAAAUUCAAACUUCCCGUAAUUCGAAAUGCCAUCCACAAGCCAAGUCGGCGGGGCUCCAUACUCAGCCUGUCUCGGACCAGUGGGGGAUCCUCCCCGCACAGCAGCAUGAUCUCUGUGAAUCCUGGCUCAGAUGAGCCGCAGAGCUUGAUCACCCAGGGGACGAGCAGCAAAGACAUUGAGGAUAACGAGUCCUCUUCUACCAAGCCAGAUGAAGAACCUCUUCAUAUCUAUCUGCAGAAGCUCCUGGAAAUGGUUCGGGAAGAUGCCCGGAGGACAAUUAUGAUGGAAAAUGAGCUGCAAAGAAAAGUUCCCAGCCUCCAGUCCAUCCACAAGAGUGAUUCUAUCAUUAAGGAGGGGCAGGCUACCCACAAGUCAAGUGAGAAAUCCAGCACUACAAGCGGAGAAAGCCACACUCAGAUAGUCCAGAAGAAGGGGAAAGGCCAUGCUACCCGCGACAUCAGCCAGUUCAAGAGUGGGAUCUGUAGCCUCAUGAGGGCCAAGUUUUACAGCAUAGCCCAGGAGGCUGGCUUCUGCCUGCAGGACAAGAUGGAAAUCCUCGUGAAGCGCCAAGAAGAGAGAAGUCUCCAGAAGUUCCGCUCUUUUGGCCUUGUCUCAGAUUUCCAAAAGGACAUAGCAAAGAUGAGACAACAAAUUUCUGUCAUGAAAGGAGACGCAGAAGAAAUCGCUGACCACUGGUAUUUUGAUCUGUUGUCCAAACUCCCUGAGGAUCUGAAGAACUACCGCCCUGCCAAAAAGAUCCUGGUCAAACUCCAGAAGUUUGGGGAGAACCUUGACCUGAGGGUCCGGCCCCAUGUUCUCCUGAAGGUGCUGCAGGAUCUGAGGGUCUGGGAACUGUGCUCGCCAGAUAUCGCUGUGGCUGUUGAGUUCGUGCGAGAACACAUCAUUCACAUGCCUCGUGAGGAUUACAUCACCUGGUUGCAAGGCCGGAUCAGUAUGACCAUCCGAUCACAAGUACCCUGAUGUAGUCUGGGCCUGGGUCAACCAGCUGUCCCAGCAGAGGAGGGCAAGCCAACAGCACGUUCCUGUGUCCCACCUGUGUUCUUGCUUCCUGCCUGCUCUUCUUGAUGCUUGUUAUGAUACAGUAAGAUCAACUGGAGACUGAUUCCCAAAAACAUUCUAGAGAGUCUCUGGAGUGGCUCUCUGCUGCCCCCAUGGACC